AUGCCAGACUCGGUUCAACUACAGGAAAUCCCCCAUAGUUCUGGCGGCGAUGCUGCGGCGCCAACACUGACCAGUGGCCAAGACACCGCCGACGGUGAUGGCGACAGUGAUGCCUAUCCCACGGGCAUCAGACUGUUCCUCGUCAUCCUGGCCAUCAUCUUCAGCGUCUUUCUCUCUGCGCUCGACUCGACCAUCGUGUCCACCGCCAUUCCGCGCAUCACUGACGACUUUGGCCGCCUCGACGACGUGGCCUGGUACACCAGUGCGUAUUCGCUUACUAACUUUUCCUUCCUGUCCUCGUGGGGAAAAGCAUACAAGUAUUUCCCCCUGAAGCGCACUUUUCUCUUUGCCGGCGUCAUUUUUGAGAUUGGAAAUGUUAUCUGCGCAACCGCCCAGAACAGCUCAACUUUUAUCGUCGGUCGCGCAAUUGGUGGUAUGGGCGGUGCCGGUAUCAUGAGCGGCGCCAUGAUCACCAUUGGGACGUAUGUGAGGCCAUCUCAGAGAGCUGCAUACUUUGGCACUAUCGGCGUGACAUUUGCUUGCGCUGGUGUUCUGGGCCCAUUGCUAGGCGGCGCUUUGACGGAUCAUGCGUCGUGGCGAUGGUGUUUCUGGAUCAGUCUUCCUAUCUGGGCAACUGGCGCUACGGCUAUUCUUUUCGGCCUUAAAAGCGCCGGUGCCGUGGCUGCUCCGUUUAGUGAAAAGCUCAUGCAGAUGGACUUUAGUGGCAGUCUUUUGGCCACUGGUGCAAUGACCUGCUUCAUCACCGCGAUGCACUGGGGUGGCGCGACCAAGCCGUGGUCGAGCGGCGCCGUGAUCGGCUGUCUCGCCGCCUUUGUUGCCUUGUCCGGCUUGUUCGUGGUGAACGAAUGGAAGAUGGGCGAACGCGCGAUGGUGCAAGGGCAUCUGCUCCGCAAGCGCGGGUUUAUAGGCAACCUCAUCUACAUGUUCUUUGUAGCAGGCCUGUAUUUCCCGAUGUUGUAUUCGCUGCCGAUUCAGUUUCAGUCGAUUGACAACGUCUCUGCGUCGCAAAGCGGUGUGCGAUUGAUCCCGCUCGUGACGGGGAUUUCCAUCUUUACUAUGGUUUCCAACGUGAUCUUCUCCAUGUAUCGCAAGCACGUCCCGAUAGUCGUGCUAGGUGCUAUGAUUGCCACAACUGGCGUCGCCCUUAUCUACAGUCUGAACGAGCACGCCCCCGUCGGCCAGUGGAUUGGAUACGAAACCGUGACGGCCAUCGGGGUUGGCCUCGUCCUGCAGCUCCCCAUGAUCGCCAACCAGGCUCUUGUCUCUGCCGAAAGCGAUAUUCCGCAGGCCACCGCGGUCACGCUAUUUGUCGAGAACAUGGGUACGACCAUUUUCACUGCGGCUGGCGAGGCCGCCUUCACCAGUCGGCUCGUGUCGAGCCUGGCUGAGAAGGCGCCCAGCAUCGACUCGGCCGUUGUCAUUCGUGCUGGAGCAACCCAGCUGCGGAACCUGUUUUCGCCAGCUGAUCUGCAGCAAAUUGUCGUCUCGUAUCUAGAUGGGUGCAAGGCGAACCAUGCCAUGUCGCUGGCCUGUGGCGCUCUGGCUACGGCGGUCUCACUUUCCAUGGCUGUUCCGGCUUUGAAAGAGCAUAUGCAUCUGAGAAAGACUCGUAUUGCAUAG